AUGGGCGGUGGAAAAUACGAGACGCAAAUGUGCGUUAUCAUAGUUGAAGAUAUAUUCGGAAAGAUCGUAUCGAAGGUUUUGGAGACGUUGUUGAAUGAGAGUUGUCAGUUGGCGACGCUUGUUUAUAAGCUAAAAGGACAAAUAAAAACGGUUUUGAUCAAAAAAUCGCUCUCCACUCUCAUCAACUUUGGUUUCGUCACAUUCAGUUUGGACACCAAUAACCGAACAACUUACGUGGCAGACUCUGAACAUAUUCAGUAUAUGAUUUCAGCACCAAGAGCCUGUCUCAUUGCCAAAACUCUCUAUGGUCCAUCUGCCGAAUCGAUCUGUAUCGAGUUGAUUUCCCAGGGACGUCUGACGAUUUCCGAAACGAUUCGCAGGAUCAAAGCAACCGAUGAGACUGCAGAAUUCAGUAAUAUCAAACACUCAUUUGAGGAGCUUGUCAAAUCGAAUUUCCUGAUCAGAGUCCCGGCGGUCGAGUCAGAAAUUCACGGAUGCCCUCAGUUCGUAACAAGUUUCGAUCCGUUUGCUCUGCCAACUGCAAUCAUGGAAAAAAAGGAGGAGAAGGUGGAAGAAUGUUCUACAGAUGCAGCAUCAACCAACAGAAAAAGGAAAGCAGAUUCGAAUCCUUCGGACGCCGACGCUGGUCAAUAUUGGAAAAUCAAUUGGAGCCGAUUCAACGGAUAUCUUCGUGAUGAACUCAUUAUCGAUUACCUGAUUGGAGGCGGCUCGACUGCCACAAUGACACAUAUGAAUCAUAAGAAAGGAGAGGAGGAAGAUGGUGAUAGAACUCAGUAUAUCACUCAAAAUGUUGCACAUUUGAUGUUCAAAAUGAACGAAGUUCGAGCGAAACCGUUGAGUAUGGAUAGUAUUACAGUUAGUAUCACCGAUCUUCAGCGACUUGUCAGAGAAAACGAAUUGAAUCUCUCAAAACCAGAUAUCGAGUUCGCAUGCCAAAUUCUUGUCGACGAAUCCGACGGAAUCGUUCGAAAAGUUGGAGAAUCCAAUGGUGGCCUCUAUACUGUUGACAUCCGACACGCGAUACGUCAAAUCUGUCGUCAUCACUGCGAGUCUCUAAUCAGAGAACAAUUCGAAGGACGAGCGAUUCGAGUGAUGAGACUUCUGGAGAAUCGACACUUUUUGGAUGAAGAACAAGUUGAGAAAUUGAGUAUGAUGAGUGGAAAAGAGGCGAGAGAAAUGUUGUAUGCUCUCGUCGAGGAGGGAUAUGUUUUCAAUAAGCCAGUCGGCCGUAGCAAUGACUUCCAACCCGCCCGAACAUUCUACCUCUACUACGUAGAUCUCCCCCGUACAGUCCGUGGUCUCGUUGAGUACACUUGUAAAUUAGUCCGUAAUCUAAUCAUCCGCCAACGUCAUGAAAGAACUGAAAACAAGCAAUUACUGGAUAAAGAUGCAAAUGUUCAACCAAUUAUUGAAAAUAUUCGAGCAUCCGAUCAACUCGACGAUGCAUCGAAACUUGCACAAAUCGCAGAAGUCGAAGAAAUGUAUCUCCCUGGACCGGAUCGUGCUCAGCUAGCAAGGUUCCGGAAGGCUCAGGCGACACUUCUCGCUGCUCAAGAUCAAUCGAUUCGAGUUCUUCUAGCGUUCAAAUUGUUUUUGGCUUCUGGACAGAGCUAA